AUGCCGAGGACCCUUUUGUGCCGAGGUCUACUGAUUCGGGAAUUAGCACCAAGUUUCGGCUUCGUUGUGGCUUGUCUGAGAGCUCGUCGAGACCCCCGUGGCCGAGGUCCAGAGGUCGGCAUCCAUAUUUCUCUAGAUCUGUUGCCGAGGUCUCCUCUUCCCAUAGCCGAGGACUUUUCCUUAUUGCCAAGGACUCCACCUUGCCGAGACCCUUCGAUUGGUGCCGAGGUGGAAGGCUUGAUUUUGGUGGAGUCCGGUUCAAGUUUUUGUGGAGGUGACGAGGUGUCUUGUGUUGAGAGGGAGCCGAAUGUUUGCCAAGUUUGGAUCGUUUCUAAGCGCUUGUCAAAGUUGAACUAG